GCAGUCGAAACAGCCCCCCGUUUCGUUUUAUCAACCUCCGUCGCGUCGUCUCGAAGCCGGCCGAUCUAACAAACACAGCCACUCUCUUCGUCACGCAAGAGAAACGUUCUCCAAGAUGCAACAAGGUCUCGUGUCGUUCUGCAUGCUCCUGAUGGUCCUCGGCCUUUUCGUAUCGUCCAAUCUUCCGACCAAUGCCGCGCCCCAACAAGGUUAUUGGAACCAGUUCGACGAAGAAGAUCCGGAAGCACUGAUGGAAAUCAUAGCUCGACUCGGUCACACCAUAAUGCGUAAUCCAGAGGUUGAGAACAACAAACGAGGAUUGGACCUGGGUUUGAGCCGCGGGUUUAGCGGUUCGCAGGCGGCCAAACAUUUGAUGGGAUUGGCAGCAGCGAAUUACGCCGGCGGACCUGGUCGACGACGUCGUUCCGAGCAAACCUCAAAUUAAAACGCACCCCUUCACUUGUCGACCGAUCCAUUCUCUUCUUCAACUUUAACCUCAGAAAUCUUUACUUUACUUAUUUAUUCACCAUCCUACCCUCCUCUUUCUAUUCUUUCGUUAAAUACCGUAUCAUUCUACUCUAGUCUUCUCGCUCACUCACAAAAUUAUACACCCGAAUUUCUUACUUCUAACCUCACUUACAUCUAUAGCCAUUGCGUAUUUUCCAAAUAGCU